AUGAAUCUACCACAAUUUGAACGAUUUUCUGUGCAUGAUGAGCCGGCAACAGUGGGGAAACGUUGGGCGAAAUACGUCAAGAGACUGGAUAAAUUGUUCACGGCAUUUGCUGUUACGGAUGCCAAUCAACAACGGGCGCUAUUUCUCCACUACGCUGGUCCAGAGGUUUCCGAUAUCUUCGACACGUUACCGGAUACAGCUCGGGCCUAUGAGCAAGCGGAUCACCAUGCUGCGGUAAUAGAGGGUACAGAAGCUACCGAUACAACUGUCCAUGCUGUCAGGAUUCGCACUAGCCCAGCAGUGUAUAACCAGAGACAGUCGCAGCAACGGUAUCCAGCAAGGUUUGAACGCCGCACAUGCCGCAACUGUGGGGGUGGGUUUCCACAUAUGAGCAAACCUUGUCCAGCCAAGGGCAAGACAUGUCAUGACUGUGGUAAGCAAAAUCAUUUUGCCAAGUACUGUUUGUCUAAACAUAGACCCACAGCUGUGAAGCACAUCCAAGCUAGCACCAGUCAUGAUGCCACUGUGCGUGAUUCAGUUCCAGACCAGCAACCUCCCAAUCCAGGUCAAGACGAACACUAUCAGUUUCAUGUAGAAGCACGACCAAUGCCUAAACCAACGGUAACUGUCAAUGUAGACGGCACUCCCAUCAAUGCUGUUAUCGAUACGGGGGCGUCAGUCAUGAUGAUGUCUCUGCGGUCAUUCGCACGGCUCCAGCCGCAGCCACGUCUGGUACCGCCUUCCGUUCCGGUGUACGGAUACGGAAAUUCAACUCCUCUUGAUGUCAGGGGUACCUUCACAGCAAAGGUCAGUUACAGGUCAUCAUCUGCAGACACUGAAAUUUACGUUACCUCCCAUGAUGGCGACACACUUUUGAACUUUGCAACAGCCACUGCGCUUGGUCUGGUGGAGCUUGCGUAUGCCACAUCAGCUAGUCCUGAAUCUGUAUAUCCAGAUCGGUUUACUGGCAUAGGCAAACUGAACAAUUAUCGAUACCACAUACAAGCAGACUCUUCGGUAUCUCCUGUAGCCAUUCCUCAUCGUCGGAUCCCGUUUCAUAUGCGCCGUAAAGUAGAACAGAAGCUUGAUCGAUUGUUAGAACUUGAUAUCUUCGAGAAGGUGGAGAACACACCAACGCCGUGGGUCUCGCCUAUUACGGUCGUACCUAAGCGUGAUAGUGAGGCCAUUCGCAUUUGUGUUGAUAUGCGCAACGUCAACACUGUCAUUAAGCGUGAACGUCACAUCAUUCCGACGGUUGAUGAUCUCAUCGCUUCUCUCAAUGGAGCAACAACAUUCAGCAAGUUGGACUUAAAUUCUGGCUAUCAUCAGAUCGAACUCGAUGAAGAGUCGCGUCAGUACACAGUCUUCUCUACACAUGUUGGCCUCUUCAGAUAUAAGCGCCUGAAUUUUGGUAUUUCCUCAGCGUCAGAGAUCUUUCAGCAAGCAGUACAGUCUACUUUUCAUGACCUAUCAGGUGUGCUGAACAUCAGCGAUGACAUCCUUGUCUUCGGUCGCAGUCAAGCGGAGCAUGAUGCACGACUCGAGGCGGUUAUGCAGCGCCUCCGCAAGGUGAACCUGACGAUAAAUCCUGCUAAGUGUGUCUUUGGCACUGAUCGCGUCAUGUACUUUGGACAUGUCUUCGCAGAACAAGGGAUCAGUCCCGACCCGCGAAAGGUGGAUGCAAUGAACGCUGUCACAGAGCCACAGAAUAUCUCAGAAAUGCGCAGUUUUCUGGGAAUGGUGAACUACUGUGCACGCUUCAUUCCAGACCUGGCGUCUAUCUCUGCACCACUCAGAAACCUCACAAAGGCUGACGUGCCUUGGACUUGGGGACCAUCAGAGACAGCGGCAUUCAGUAGCAUCAAGGAACUAGUCUCAAAACAUUGCACUAUGGUAUACUUCAACCCUGCAAACCAGACUGAGGUAAUUGUUGAUGCAGGCCUCCAUGGUCUUGGUGCAAUUCUUGUCCAGCAUGACUCACGAACACAGUCGGUCGUCCCUAUCGCACUCGCUAGUCGGUCAUUAACGCCGGUCAAACAGCGGUACUCGCAGACUGAAAGAGAAGCUCUUGCCGUAACAUGGGCUAUCAGGCAUUUUCACAUCUAUCUAUACGGUGGAUCAUUUGUGGUCAUUACCGAUCACAAGCCGCUAUUAGCAAUGUUCAACAAUGCUAGUUCGAAGCCGUCCAUACGCAUCGAACGCUGGCUAAUGCGCCUGCAAGCGUACGACUUUGAAGUAAAGUACCAUCCUGGAAAACUGAAUCCCGCAGAUUAUAUGUCGCGGCACCCACAAGCUACUCACAAUGCAGGAAUAUCAGCUGAGAAAGAAAUCGCUGAGCAACAUGUUUCUUUCAUCACAGCACACGCGAUUCCAAAGACAGUCACGCGUGAUGACAUAGUUUCAGCCACAGGCGCCGAUGACGUCCUCCAGUAUUGUAUGCGCGCGGUCCAGAAAGAUAACUGGAAAGAUUUUCUAGAAUCUGCAGACGCGUCCUUACAGUCUGAAUACAGGAGCCUUCAUGAAGUUCGUGAUCGACUGACAGUAUCGGAAGGAAACAGCAUGCUUCUGCGUGAUCAUCGCAUUGUCAUACCACGUUCGCUUAGACAGCGUAUAAUUGACAUAGCGCAUGAGGGCCAUCAAGGCAUAACGAAGACCAAGGCUCUUUUGCGUGAGAAGGUAUGGUUCCCCUCCAUCGAUCGUCUGACUGAACGCACAGUUCGUGAUUGUCUAUCUUGUCAGAUGAACGCGGUUGAGCACGCCAAAGAACCACUUAAAAUGACUGAGCUUCCGCAGCUACCGUGGUCGGAAGUCAGCGUGGACUUCGCCAACUUACCCAGCGGUGAACACAUGUUGGUAGUCAUUGAUGAUUAUUCACGUUUUGUGGAAGUAGAGAUUGUUUCCUCUACUGCCGCAAGUCUCGUCAUUCCGAAACUUGACCGGAUCUUCUCGAGCUUCGGAGUUCCCACGGUGGUCCGUACCGAUAAUGGUCCACCAUUCAACAGGGCAGAAUUCAGUAAGUUUGCGCAAUACCUGGGAUUCCAGCACAGGAAAGUGACACCACGUUGGCCUCAAGCAAAUGGUGAGGUGGAAAGAUUCAUGAAAACGCUCAAGAAAGUCUAUCGCUGUGCUAUCGCUGAACAUAAGUGCUGGAAGCAGGAAGUGUACAAGUUCUUAAGCAACUAUCGCGCAACGCACUCUACCACAGGGGUUCCCCCAGCGACACUGUUAUUUGGACGGGGGGUACGCACGCGUCUCCCUGAAACGCCAUCCACUAGUUUGCAACGUCGCGAUGACGUCGACACUUUCGUCCGCGAUCGCGAUCAAGAAAAGAAGCAACGCAUGAAGAGCUACGCCGACAACCGCGGAAAGACUCGCACAUCUCGAAUCGCUGUUGGUGACACGGUGCUUGUCCGUAGAGAUGGAACGGUUCCAAAGCAUCAGUCACCAUAUCUUCCGCAGCCAUACAAAGUGGUGAGAUAG